GAUUUCCCUCAGAACUGCAAGACGCCGAUAUUGCGUUACAUUAUUGUAGCAAAAUGGCGGCUGUCAUUCAGAAUCCACUGAAAGCGUUGGGCGACCAGUUCUAUAAGGACGCUAUUGAGCAGUGCCGCAGCUACAAUGCCCGCCUGUGUGCUGAACGCAGCGUCCGCCUGCCAUUCCUGGACUCUCAGACCGGCGUUGCCCAGAACAACUGCUACAUCUGGAUGGAGCGCCACCACCGAAGCCCUGGUGUUGCAGCAGGGCAGAUGUACACAUACCCGGCCCGCUGCUGGAGGAAGAAGAGGCGACUCCACAACACAAACGAUCCGCGCCUGGGCAUCUAUGGCCUUCAGCUUGAUGGCAGCCUUAUGUCCAAAGAAGCUCUGCCAACCCAGAGCACCACCUUGGAGGCUCUCCUGAGAGGAGAAGGUCUGGACAAGAGGAACAACUCUAAGAAUGAUGAGGAGAGCCUGUUAGAGAUUCAGAGGGUUCUGGAAGCAGAUGCAGCAGAAGACGCUUUCAAUGAUGACGAUGAUUAUGAGGCGGACACUCCCAAGAGGAGACAUCGAGGCAAGGGAAGAGGCCGAGGUUCAGGCCGUAGGAGGACAGAUCUGGAUGAUGAUAAGCCAUAUGUCUGUGACAACAGAUACAAACAAAAGCAGAACUCAAAGUCUUUGACCUCAGUGUGCACAAAGCGAUACAGGAACCGCACAGGACUAAGUUACCACUACACUCAUUCCCACCUGGCGGAGGACAGAACUGGGGAGAGAAGCACGGUGGUGUCCCACUCUCCCACUGCACCACAGACUGACAGGCACAAACGUCCAAAGCUUUCCGGUGGGACCAGCAUUCCCAACAUCUACUGUAAUAAAUGCCAAGGAGCAAACAGGAAAACGGGUAAAUCUGGGUCUCCCUGCUCAGCCUGCCGAUGCACAACCGGUGGUGGGGAGGAGAAGGAGGAUGGCAAGUUUACUGCAGCCGAGGAGCUUUUUGGCACCACCUCAGAGAGUGACACCUCCACCUUUCAUGGCUUUGAGGAUGACGAGCUAGAAGAACCAGCCGCAAAUAGCAACGGAUUAUCCAGCCGCCACAGAUAGACUUCUUAGAUUUAAACUGACACUUUUUUUCUUUAAAUAUAU